AUGAUUUGGACCUGGUGUUUGUUGGCAACGGCGACUGCCGCUAGUGUGGAUGAUUUAGUUGGCACUUGGACCACAAAGUCGCGCGAUGUCUUGACCGGUCCAGGAUUCUAUGACCCGCUCAAAGACCGAUUUCUCGAACCGAAUCUCACAGGUAUAUCAUACUCAUUUGAUGCCAAUGGAUACUAUGAAGAGGCAUUCUACCGCGCUCUGGCCAAUCCGGCCGACCCUUCAUGUCCCUCUGGAAUUAUGCAGUGGCAGCAUGGUUCUUAUGUCUUGCAGGCCGAUGGGUCUCUCAUCCUGACCCCGAUCGCUGUAGAUGGCCGCCAGUUACUCUCGGAACCAUGCAGACAAGGCGUUGGUAGUUAUACACGAUAUAACAACAGCGAGAAUUUCAAGGGAUUUUCCGUUUCUGUCGACCGAUACCAUGGCAUCCAACGCCUGGAUUUGACACAAGCCGACGGGAAGAUCAUGCAGCCGAUGUAUUUGGCCUACAAUCCGCCCAAGAUGCUUCCGACGACCACGUUGAAUCCGAUGCCCACGGGAUCCCACAAGAAGCGUGAUCUUGCUGGAGCUGGAUUCCACCUGGUUAUCAAGGAGGAGUUGAUCAAUCCUGAUCGGUGGUGGUGGCUUGGCGUUUUGAUGACCUCCCUUGGUGGAGUGGCAUUUUACUGCUCAUGA